CCGCUAAGCUUUCCCCCCCUCUUACCGCGUUGUGAUUGCCAUGAGGGACCUCUUUCUUAUCCUGUUGGUGACUUUCGGGGUCGUGGGAAGAAGCUGCGGUCGCUGCUUGGAUGAAAAGCAAUUCCCACUGUGACCGAACCGCAGAUAUUACUGCAAAAGCUACAGGGACAAAGAACCAAUCAUUUGAUAAGAAGAGAUGGAUGGAGAAGAGAAGACAUAUGGGGGGUGUGAAGGUCCUGAUGCUAUGUAUGUGAAAUUGAUAUCCUCCGAUGGUCAUGAAUUCAUUGUUAAAAGAGAGCAUGCACUCACAUCAGGAACAAUAAAAGCUAUGUUGAGUGGUCCAGGACAAUUUGCUGAAAAUGAAACAAAUGAAGUUAAUUUUAGAGAGAUUCCUUCCCAUGUCCUAUCCAAAGUAUGCAUGUAUUUCACCUACAAGGUUCGCUACACUAACAGCUCUACAGAGAUUCCUGAAUUUCCAAUUGCACCUGAAAUUGCACUGGAACUGCUGAUGGCUGCAAACUUCUUAGAUUGCUAAAGUAAAUUAUAAUAACGAUGUAAGCCUUUUUUUCCUCCCAGUAUUUAAUAUACGUAGUUCAGUUAGUAACUUUUUCAUAUAGCAUGUUCUGUAUGUUUGGUUAAGAAGCAUAAUGGUCACUGAAGAGGCCAUUGCUCCCAGUGUUUUUGCAUAGGAAUCAUUCAUGCUCAGAUUUUGUUUUGCUGCUUACACAAGUAACGGACUUCUUACCAACUGACAAAUAAACAUGCCAAUUUAGUGGAUGACUUUGACUUAUCCUUUAGUGAAGACAGAAUUGUUUUUAAUGCUGUUAACACACUGAAAUGAGAGAAAGCUUUCCGAGAACAGAUCAGAACUGCUAAGCUUUCAAUUCUGUAUCCACUUACCUGAGAGUAUGCCCUAUUUUGAAUUCAGUUGGACUUAACUUCUGACUAGAGCUGUAUAGGAUUGCAUUGCAAGUGUUUAUGUUGGGGGUUUCUGAUUUUCUUGCUUUUUCUGUAAUUCAGAUUUUCACACUUUCUAUACUGAUAAAAUGGAUUCCCCAGAUGGUUGUUGUGGAAAGCAUUAUAUAGUAACAAAUGUUAAUUGUAACAAAUGUCAAUUGCAGCGUUCUUCUGAUUUUAUUUUCCUUAAAUGUGUAUUAUUGGCAGAUAUUACAUUUAUAUAGUAGUCAACCAUGAUAAACAACUAUGUAAGUCAAUCCAUGAUACUACCCAUCAUGGGUUCCUCUCACUAUUAAGUCGUGUUUACUCCCACUAUUUUUUCAAACUCACUUGCUGGAUCUGUAAAAAUGUUGAGUCUCUACUGCAGUGUCAAAUGUGGAAAAUGGGAACCUCUAAUUCUAUGACAAAAAUGGUAUUUCUUAAUUAAUGUAACUUAUGAUUGGAUGGGGUCUGUUCCAAAAUGCUAUUUUCCAAAAUAUUGUAGUAAGUUCUUUCUGCAACUUAGAGCUAUUUUAAAUGUUACUGUUUAGUAGAUGCUGCAGGAGAGAGAAUCAAUUGUGAAUACACAUAGACAUUCAAAACAUUUCCUUCACUGAUUCUUGGAUCCCAUCUGUAGUCAAAUCUAAAGUAAAGCCCAUGGCUUCACAGAUCUACAGGUAAGAUUCAUACAUGGUAAUUUUAAUGGAUGUAUAGAAGUAUAGUUACUCUUGUCUAACCAUUUGUCAAAUAUUGCUGACAAAAGGGGACCUAUGUUAUGGUUACUAUCCAGAAGAAACCAAAUGAGUUUGUUUCAUGGGAAUUGGUGAUCUUCAACACCCAUUCUUGCUUGCAGACAAAGUUGUGAAAUUAAUUUUAUUGUGAAACUUAAUGAGUGCAUUAAUUGACUUUUUUAUUAGUUCGACAGCCUUAAUAACUUGGACAGUGAAAUGAUGUGCUGUAGAUGCUUGUCCUUGUGUAAAUUUUGAAUAUUUUACUGAUUUUAUACUUUUAUUUCAUAUUGCAUUAGCUAAACAACUACCAAAUUGAGGUGGGAUAGUGGGGAAGAAAAAUGUAGAGCUCCCAUUUCAUCCAUCUUAUCCCAUCAUUCAGCUCCUGGAACUAUAUGCCUAGUGGUAGCAGUCUGGGCACCACUCUAGAACAAAUGCAAGUGAACAGGAAGACAGUGCUCUUUUGAUUGUCAUGCAGCCUCUAUUCUCAUUUGGACCAAGCUCAGUGUUACUUUGAGCAGAGUAGGGCAGGGCUAGGGGAAGUCAUAUUCAUCUCCUUCCCUUUCUGGUCAUUGUGUUCCGGUAAAAGAGGCAAGGUGGUGUUGUUGGUAGGGGGUAGUGUAUAGUAAUGAUUCCAAGAAACAGGUACCCUGGGAAUUGGCAAAGAGCACUGGCACCUAUCAUUUCUUGACGUCUGCAGGGACUGAUUCUCUGAGAAACUGUAGGGACGGGCUGUUGGAAUUGCUUUUUGCUCCUGGGCUGGGAGUUACUGAUAUAGGAACAUUUUAUGCAUGAAAUGAAAUGUGGAGACAACUACUCAAUUGUAAUAUCAUGUAUGGUACAAUAUAGGUCCUGCUUUGCCACAAAAUCCUUAACUACCUGUUCUCAGGAGGGAUUGAAAAGAAAGGGGAUCAUGUCUCCUUUCCAGAAAGGUAGUGUGAUUACUCUGUUCAUCUGUUGUGUUCAUUGUCCUGGUGUGCAUGCAUACUGGAAGUUUAGCAUGGCCAGGAGACAGAACUUCUACCCUCUUUUUAAGAUGUAUAUUUGUUUUCUUGCCUACACUUAUUUUUUUUUUUGCUUCUUUCCUUCCUUACUUAAUGAGUAGAAAACUAAAAAACAUUCAGGUUGAAAAUAUACCCUGUGAAAGAAAUUCAGUUUUUUAAAAAAUAUACUCUAUUCCCAAUAGCUCUAAGUUGGCAUGCUCUGGUGAUGUGAGAACUAGCAGAAUUCCAUUGAGGUGUGCAGUUGUUGUUAGUGAGAUGUGGCCUUCUGGGACUGCAAAUUACAGUUGCUAUGCAACUGGCCCAACAAAGAGUUGAAUAUAUAACUUCUAUAAGAGCAGGUAAGAGGUGAAACAGCAAUGCUGUGGAGGAGUUGGGUUAAAAUGAUUCUGUUUACAUACGCUAUACAAAUAUCCAUGUGUUUAUAAAAGUAGAUUACGCAACUUGGUAGAAUACUUUUUCUCUCAUGCAAACUAAGCCUUCAGGUGCUAGGAAGCUGAUCCCAUAUUAAAGCCUGUUAAGAAUUGCUGCUACAUGGUAUACAUCUGCAGAAUCUUAUCUCGUUCCCUUAAAAUCUUCAUCCAUGCAUCCUUUCCUGUACCACAGCAGAGACACAUUUUUAGCCUUUCUAUCCUUGCUUUUGUACCAAUGGCCUGGUACUGUUAGUUCAUGUCCAACAUAGUAGACUGUGAGACUUGUUAGUUUUACCAUGGCUGGUGCUAGAUAAAUGUUAAAUGGCAGUUUAAUCCAUUUCAUUAUUGUUUAAGAUGAAAUAUGCUUCUGAUCUUAGGCCUCAAUAUUACCAACCUUUGAUCACACUAGCUUCCUUGAAAACUGAGCUACAGAGACAAAAUUUGUCUACUGCUAAUGGUCUACUAUCUAUAAUAGUCAUGGACAUUUUAGUAAUAUACAUUUGUAAAUAAGUUGUUUCCGUUUGCCCAAUGCCUUCCGCUCAUGCUAUAUUUCCAGUGUGGCCUUUGAAUCUGAACUAUUUGCUUAGAAUGCUGUAAAAUCUUGAAGGCGAAGUUGAAUGGACUGUGUGUGAGUUUUACUCGAGGGUUGAAGUCACAAAAAAGCCCCAUAACUUUAACUGAGAAUAUAUAGCAGUUGGGUGUUGAAUUCCAUUCUGUUCAUCCACCUUAAUACAUCCUUAAAACUAUAAGGCUUGAGGAUAACCGCCCCUUAAUGAAUGCAACUGUGGCAGGACUCCUGCUACCAGGAGACAUAACUCCAGUAGUUUACUGAAAUUCCAGAUAGACCUACAGUCGAUUUUGCCUAUCACAACAUCAAUUAAUGUUUCGAGUUAGAGAGCAGAUGGCUGUAUCUUGACAAGUGAAAGCACAAAGUCAAUAUUUCUGGCUACAACCUUGCUUCAUGUAUUUAUUAUUUCUACAAUUUAUUGUUUCCACAAUUAUACUGCUUAACAGGUGUACAAUAAAAUCAUUAAAACUAAUCUAAAUCAGAAAAUUUACCUUAAAAUUCUUGCUGAAAUAAAAAGGUUUUCACUAGGAAGUUCAAGAGCUAGGGGGAGCCUAUCUAACCUCACCCUGAAAGGAGUUCUACAGAAUUUAGCCCAUAAAACUGAAUGCAUGGCUCCUCGUGUGGAAUGGCUAUGUGUCUGAACCAUGGGGGACUCCUAACAGUGACUCCCCCAGCAACCUCAGGGAUAUAAGAAAUCAGGAGGUUCUUAAGGUAUCCUGGACCCAAGUUGUCAAAUGCCUUCUAAAUUAAUAUCAGAACCUUGAACUUGGCCACGGGCAGUCAGUGUAAGCUUUUAAGCACUGGAAUUAUGUGCUGGCAGUAGUCUGCCCCCACCAGCAGUCAAGGAGGAGCAUUUUGCAUCAGCUGGAGCUUCUGGAGCAGACCCAAGGAUAGCACAUGGUGUGCACUGCAAUAAUAGAGCCUUGCAGUUACCAGUGAAUGGAUCACUGUGACCCAGUCAUCCCUGUUCAGUAAUCGUUGGUGUACUAGCUGUACCUGGUAAAAUACACUCCUAGCCCCUGUGAGACCACUUGGCGACUAAGAUGGAUGCAGGAGCACCCCCAAACUAGGAAUAUGUUCUUUCAAAGAGAAUGUAACCCUGUCCAAAACAAGCAACUGGCUAAUCCAGAGGACCUACACUGUCUUCUCAGGGUUCAAAGUUUAUUGGGCUCACUGCCCAGACAUUAGUCCAGAUCAUGCACAGCCUCUACUGACUUAGAUAUUAUGGUGAAAUAGAGCUGUAUGGUGUUAAUAUACUGAUGACACUUUGCUCCCAAACUCCUAAUGAUUGCUUCCCAUGGCUCCAGUAGAUGUUGAACAACACUGGGUACAAGAUAGUGUCCUGCAGCAGCACACUGUAGUGGAAGGACCAUGGGGUCAAAGCAGAAUCCCCAGUGUUAUGCUGUGGACAAAGCUCUGCAGGUAGGAGUGGAACACUAUAAAACAACUCCCCCAAUACACAUCCGACAGAGCUGGUCCAGGAGCGUACCAUGGUCAGUGAUACCAAAAGUCAUGGAGAGAUCAUGAUGCAGAGUUGCACUUUCCCUGUCCCGUUCUCAAUAAAAAUCAUCCAUCAGGCAAACUGAAGUGGAUUCAGUCCCAAAAUUGCCUGAAUCCAGACUGAAAUGGAUCUAAAUAAUCUAUCCUCCAGGAACUGCUGGAGAUGAUUUGCCAACUUGGCCAAGAAGGGGGUAUUCGUGACUGGGCAGCAGUUAUAAACUAUAGAGUUCAAAGUGGGCUUCUUCAGAAACGGACACACUGCUACCCAUUUAAGGGCAGCAGGCACAACUCCAUUGCUUGUUGACUCAGUCUAUUACACCAACUAGAUUACACCAACCAGGAUGGACAAGGAUCAGGAGAGCAAGAAGCUGGUUGCAUCAUUAUAAGGGUCCUGUCCGCAUUAUCAGACCACAUAAACUGAAACUGAUCCCAUAGAGUAUGGGAAGGUACUGCAUCGGGCAACUCAAACUGAGGUUGCAACAACCUAGAGCCCAAGGCAACUUCACAAAAUUCAUAGGAUUGUAGCCAACAUGAAGCCUGCUCAGAGGAAACUCACUGAAAUUAAUGAACAAGACUACCAGUUUUACUCAUUUCAAUGGUUCUCCUCUAAGUAGGACUAACACUGGAUACGACCCAAAGUUUCCAGUCCCACAUUGUUCAGAAGGAUCUCCUGAUCCACCAGAGAGAUUUCAGGAGCCACAGGUGACUGCUGGGCAGAAGAUAGAAUGGGGAAUGUCUGAAUUUAUUUUGGGUUCUAAGCCAUUGAAUUCUGUGAACAUAUUUUGGGAUCCAAGUCACUGAAAUCAGUGGAACUUGUUUCUGAGUGAGUAUGAUUAGGAUUUUCAUGCUACUUCCAGGUGGAGUUCUUUGUAAUUUGUCAUUUAUGGCUGUGAAUCCUUACAUGUGAUUUCUUUUUCAUGGGGAAAGUUAUCAUUUGGACAAUGUUUUUAAAUCAUGGGCAUAAAAGACAACUUUUUUUCUGA